AAACAAUGUUUUCCAGCCAUCCAAAAGGCAUCUGUGGUGUCAGGAUUUGGUACACCUAAGUGAUGACGAAGGUAUGCCUCGCCUUGCGGACUUCAUUUGGAACACUUCAUACACCAUCCUGCACAUCCCUGUCAAUCCUGUACCACUUAGAGUGCAUCCUACACUCAAACGAUGCUUUCACAAAAACAAGAAGGAGCAUGGUACUUCAUCACAGCCACAGUGUGUUGAUCGAUCUCAGCGCUCAGCAACAUCCUAUUGGCCAUUUCCAGCUGUUGAAAUGAAGUAUGUUGACCAUGACCAAUGGACACAUCUGGUGCCUACUGUUCCAGAUAUGAGGAUGCAGGUUCGGGACCGGCGUCAUUGUAUACGUCAGCAUGCUGCCACAGGACUGUUUGUUGACAUACAGCAACGAAUUGUCAACGGAGGUAGGAUGGAACGCAUCUUUGAUACAUACGUCCUAUGUUACCCUUCGGCCUACUGCCAGAACGCCAAGCCUGUCCAUGACCCAGCACCUCAGUCCGUGGCUGAGAAGAAAUCCCUGCACAUCAAAAAGCUAAGUGCUGCUGGUUCAGGGCAUGUGGGUCAUAGGCCUUUGGUAGUAGUUGACAGGGUCAAAGAAGUUUUAGGACAGGAAGAUGUUAGGGACAAGGUAGUAAGGAGGAGAAAGAUGGGAAACAUACACACCAGUGUUACACAGACAGAACAGAAGCAGGAGUUGCCUACUGAGAGUGCACUGAAACAGGAGUUGGGUAGUCAUAUAGUACAGAAACAGAAGUUUGGUAGGGAUGAAGGAAGUGUUGUUUGUCAGGGGCAAGCGGGUCACAUGCCUUCAGAAGUAGGCAAAGGGCUUCAGGAUACACAACACAUACACGGGGUAUAUAGCUGGGUGAUGGUAUCUAAUUUCUGUGUUCCCUUCCAGCCCACUUUUGAAUGUCCCAAAAAGUUUAGUAUUGCAGAAGUGCGUGAUGACAACACAUUGCCAAUAGCUUGUAAGCCAAAUGGGGUGAAAUCAUUCACAAGUAAGACACCAAAUACACUGGACAACAAAGGGGGGGUGCCUUCUGUGCAUGACAGCAGUGGGGGAGAUUCAGACCAUAACAAGACAGUGUGCUUACAGACAGUAGCUCAUGCUGAUAUUGAAAACAAACAAAAGGAAAUAAACAGCAGACCAGCUGCAGUACUUGCCAUAAAAAAGGGCAAGAACCACAUAAGAGGAGGUAUAGGUGAAGGCAACUCAAUAUUUCAGACGGCAAUUAGCAUAGCAGAGCAGCAUGGUAUCCAGCUUAGAAGUGGCAAUCCAAACAAGGCCAAUGGUAAUUGCUUGUAUGAAUCCAUUAUUGAUAACAUAAAUGCAAGAGAAUGUUUUCCAGAACAUUUGACAGAAAGGCCUGAGCACUAUAGAAAGGUCUGGAAUACUGUAGGUGAACAGAAAAUUAAGGCAUCUCCAUACUAUCCAAACGUAUAUACAGAACAGCAGUGGAGAGAAGCAUGGCAAACUUUGCAAACAACUAACCAAUAUGACCUUGACUAUUUUGGUGAUAUGGCUAUCCUUAGUUGUGCUCAUACUACUAAGAAAGAUAUCCUUGUUUUCAACACACCUUGGAAAACAACAAAUGCUCAAUCUCAUAGUCCAAUAUAUGUAAUAUCUGCAGAUGCAAUAGAUCCAGCAAAUGCAAGAGAUACUCAUGUUCCAUUGGUGUUGGCAUACAAUGGCCAUCAUUUUGAAAGCCUCAUUCCUGUUUCUAAUGUUGAUGUUGACAAAACAAUUGUUUUGGUGGAUGCAUACAAGACUGGCACCUAUAAGACUCCUAGGUCUUUAGCACAAAUGUUUGAGCUCAUUGGAAAUGAUUUACACAACACAGAAAGCGAUUAUCCCACAACAAAUAAAACCAUAUGUACACAGGCCACAGAAAACCAGAAAAGAACAGAGCUUACAGCUACCACCAGUAAUGUCCAGAUUGAAAACUACGCUCCUAAAUCCCACAGUUUAGAUGAAGCCAAUAAUACCAGUGAUACCAUAGCAAUAACUUUGCCAGAUGUAUGCAACAGUUGUCAAAAGCCAUUUCAAAGGCUGCUGGUACAUUUGCGCAGGUCAAAACAAUGUCAAUUACAUUACAACAUGCAAUCUUCAUAUCAAGAAGUCAUUGUGAAACACGCAGACCAAAAACCUCUAUAG